AUGAAGAAGGAGAAAUAUGUGGAGAGCGGCACCAAUGGAGUCUAUCAUAUUGAAGAUGAAAGCUGGCAGGGGAAGAGUGAAGCAGGCCGGCCCGAGGUCGACAGCAGUGGAAAACCUUCUGGAGGCCAGAAUUACCAGCAGAGCCUGCAGCUGUUCAAACCUUUCCGCUGCUCGUCCUCUCAGUCUCACCCUCUGGACAGAGCGGGAUUUCUGUCCUUCAUGACCUUCGCAUGGAUGAUUCCCAUGAUGUGGGCCAUAUUCAGGAACAGGCUGGACCUGUCCUCUCUCAGUCUGUCUCCUCUGGACACCUCAGACACCAGCGGAGAAAGGCUCCAGAGGCUGUGGGAAGAGGAGGUGUCGAAGAAGGGUCUGGAGAAGGCUUCUCUGAAGCGGGUCAUCAUCCACUUCCAAAGAACCAGGCUCAUGAUGGCCAUCCUGGCCUGUCUCCUGGCCAUGGCGGCCAUGUUCCUGGGCUCGUCAGUUUUGGUCAAUGAGCUCCUGCAGUACAUCGAGCUCCCGGAACUGUCCUCGCGGUCUCUGGGUCUGGGCUUGGCUCUGGGUCUGUACGCCUCAGAGAUGUCUGAAGCCUCCAUGAUCUCCCUGAUGUGGGCGUUGAACCUGCGCACAGCGGUCCGAUUGAAGGGGGCUUUCUGUGCCAUGGGCUACCAGAAGAUCAUCUCCCUGCGAGGCCACGGCAGCAUCUCAGUGGGAGAGAUGAUCAACGUUCUGACCAACGAUGGCCACAAGAUAUUCGAGGCAGUGGUGUUUGGCAGCUUCAUAGUCACCACCCCAGCUCUCUUUGUGGCCUGUGUCUUUUACUCCUGCUAUGUCCUGGGCUUCACCGCACUGAUGGGACUCGGCGUCUACAUCCUGUUUCUGCCCACUCAGGGCCUCUUGGCCAAACUCAUCAACAAAUUCAGGGGAAAAGUCAUGGUGCAGACCGACUCCCGAGUUCGGACCAUGAACGAGAUUCUAAACAGCAUCAAGCUGAUCAAGAUGUACGCCUGGGAAGAUUCCUUUGAGACCAAGGUCGCAGGCUUAAGAAAAAUAGAGAAGAAGCUGCUGAUGAAUGCGGGCUAUGUCCAGAACAUGAACAUGAGUUUUGCUGGCAUCAGUCCCACUGUGGCCACCGUGGUCACUUUCCUGCUCCACACUCUGCUGGGUCUGGAUCUGAAUGUGUCCGAUGCUUUCACCACCAUUUCCAUCUUCAGCUCCAUGAGUUUCUGCCUGGGUAUGCUGCCGAUGGCUGUCAAGGCCAUGGCCGAUGCCUCUGUGUCUGUCAUGCGACUGAAGAAAGUAAUGCUGAUGCAAAAUCCAGAGCCCUACCUGAUUCCAAGGAGAGACAGCAGUGUGGCUUUGGCGAUGGACAACGCCACACUUUCCUGGACAAGAAAUGACCAGAAACUCUCCGCCAGUGAAGAGGAAGACCUCCAAACAAAGACAUCAAAGAACGUGUCAGAGGGAAAUUCAUCCACCUUGAGGAACAUCUCCUUCACUCUUCCCAAGGGCAACCUGCUGGGCGUGUGUGGGAACGUGGGCAGUGGUAAAACCUCACUGAUCUCCAGCAUCCUAGAGCAGCUGCACCUCAUUGGGGGCUCCAUCACUGCUGACGGGACGUUUGCCUACGUUUCUCAACAAGCCUGGAUUUUCCAUGGAACCGUUCGAGAAAAUAUCCUGAUGGGCCAGGAGUUCGACCAGAGAAGGUACGACAGAGUCAUUCAAGUCUGCAGCCUUACAGCGGACCUGAGCAUCCUGCCACAUGGGGAUCAGACCGAGAUUGGAGAGAGGGGCCUGAAUCUGUCCGGGGGCCAGAAGCAGAGGGUCAGCCUGGCCAGAGCUGUGUACUCCAACAAGGACAUCUUUCUUCUGGACGAUCCUCUGUCUGCUGUGGACGCCCACGUCGGAAAACACAUCUUUGAAGAGUGUAUCAAGAAAGAGCUUCAGGGAAAAUCCAUCAUUCUGGUUACACACCAGCUCCAGUAUUUGGAGUUCUGUGACAACGUCCUGGUUCUGGAGGACGGGCAGAUCCUGGAGGCCGGAAAGCACCAGAACCUGAUGAACCUCAAUGGGCGCUAUGCUCAGCUCAUCAGGAACUACCAGAUGGAGUCUGAGACUGAGGUUGAAGAGAAGCUUUCACCACAAGACAUCCAGGCCAACGAGGAGCUGCGACACCGUGCAGACAGUGGAAAAGUCAACCUUGGAUUUGACAUGACAGAUGAAGAGGAUGAUGGAACCACAGCUGACAGACAAUCUACAGAUCAGUCCAAGGAUCAGCUGGUCAGAGAAGAGGUAUCUACAGAACAUUCAGUUCCACUGAAGGUCUACCACCGCUACAUCCAGGCUGCUGGAGGCUACUUCAUAACAUUCCUGGUCAUCCUGAACAUUGUCCUGUUGAUUGGAUCCACAAUGUUCAGCAGCUGGUGGCUCAGCUUCUGGCUGGAAGCGGGCAAUGGGAAUACACUCACUAACUCCACAGACAAGGGAAGCAUCUCAGAUAACCCGGACCUGCACUUCUACCAGAUAGUGUACGGAUCAGUGGUGUUAGGCACAAUGGCUCUAAGUGUCGUCAAAUGCUUCCUCUUCACUUCUGUCACCUUGAGAGCGUCCUGCAAACUCCACAACACCGUGUUCAAGAAGAUUAUGGCCUGUCCCAUGAGCUUCUUCGACACAACACCGACAGGACGCAUUCUGAACCGAUUCUCCAAAGACCAGGAGGAGGUGGACACCGUGCUGCCCAUGAACAUGGACCCGUUCCUGCAGUACACCUGUCUGAUCACCUUCGUCAUCGUCACCAUCUCAGCCGUCUUCCCUCUCAUGCUCAUAGCUGUGCUUGUGAUGGCCAUUUUGGUUGUCCUGAUGCUCUUUGUCUUCCAGAGGAGCAUCCGAAUGAUGAAGAAGAUGGAGAACGUCAGUCGAUCUCCUUGCAUCUCUCUGACCAUCUCAACCGUGCAGGGUCUGAGCACCAUCCACGCCUACAACAUCAGAGAGAGCCACAUUAAACAGUUCAGAUUACUGAAUGAUAUCAACUCCAAUCACUUCUUGCUGUUUCAAUGUGGCACCCGAUGGCUUUCCUUCUGGCUGGACUUCAUUGUUGCCACCAUGACCGGCUGUGUGGCCCUCGCUGUGGUGCUCACCUCAAAUGAAGUCAUUAAUGCGUCUUUGAAAGGCCUGGUGCUGUCGUACACCAUUCAGCUGACGGGAAUCCUGCAGUUUGUGGUGAGACUGGCCACAGAGGUGGAGGCUCGAUUCAACUCGGUGGAGCGGCUGCAGGAGUACGUCACGGAUUGUAAAUCAGAGGCUCCGAGGUUCAUCAAGGAGUCCCACCCUCCAGACGAGUGGCCUCAGAGCGGAGCCAUCACCUUCAAGGGCUACAAGAUGAGGUACAGAGAGAACACCCCCAUCGUUCUCAACGGGCUGAACUUCCACAUCCGAGCCGGAGAGAAGCUGGGCAUUGUGGGAAGGACAGGCUCUGGUAAAUCCUCUUUAGGUGUGGCGCUGUUCAGACUGGUGGAGCCGGCUGAAGGGACCAUCGAGAUAGACGGCGUGGACAUCAAUGCUCUCGGUCUCCAUGACCUCCGUAGCAAAGUGUCCAUCAUCCCUCAGGACCCCGUACUUUUUAUUGGUACAGUCAGGUACAACCUGGACCCCUUUGAUAAGUACACCGACGAGGAGGUCUGGUCUGCGCUGGAGAAGACAUACAUGAAGUCCUCGAUUCUCAAACUGGAGGAGAAGCUCCAGGCGCCAGUGAUGGAGAACGGAGAGAACUUCUCUGUGGGCGAGAGACAGCUGAUCUGUAUGGCCCGAGCUUUGCUGCGCAACUCCAAGAUCAUCCUUCUGGACGAAGCCACGGCGUCCAUCGACGCAGAGACAGACUCUCUGAUCCAGAACACCAUCAAGGAGGCCUUUCACGACUGCACCAUGCUGACCAUCGCACACCGCAUCAACACCGUGACGAACAGCGAUCGCAUCCUGGUCAUGGACAACGGACAGGUGGGAGAGCUGGACCCUCCGGAGGUGCUGAAACAGAGACCGGACUCGCUGUUCUCCUCUCUGCUGACUGCUGCCAACACCGUGAGGACGGGCGCCUCGGCAGAGCCCUGAUCCUCCAGCCUCACCGCCACAGGAUGGCUCCUCGACCACAACACUCAUUUUCAAUCCCACUUUCACCACCAGAGCGUCUGUUUGUGUCGUGUUGAAACGGAAGCGCAACAAAUUCAAUGGACCUUUUCACAUUUUGGUUUUGUGCUGAUAUUUAUUCUCCACUGAACUGUGAAAAAAAAGCUAAUUUUGAACUUAUUUAUUGUCUUUAU